CUUCGUUCGUGUGCUGGCCGUGCGGAUGUCUGCCUACAAGUCUGCUAUGUUGACCAUAAAAAAUUCAGUUCGUCUUACUCAGCUCAGCUUGCUUGAACGUCGUUUUCCAACUUUGCUUUAAAUUCGUUGCAAACUUUCACAUUUCAAACAUUUCACUUUCAAACGGCAAAACAACAACACCGAGCAGCGACCAAGUACAGCAGCAAAAAAGCGAAAAAGAAAGAAAUACAACAAAUAAAUGAAGUGAAACGAAAAUUUAAAAAAAUAUAAAAACAAAAUGGCUUGCAGCAUAAUUUAAAGCAACAAAAGUGCAAGAAAAAAUUAAUAAAGUCACUUUUGAUUUCUUUGUGCAGGUGUGCGCCUUUGUGUGUGUGUGCGUAAAAAUACUACACGCUGCUGGCUGCAAGCUGCUGUUAACCAGUUGUUGUAGCUAUAUUCUUUUUGUUGUUGGCGCUACUGCUUUGACGCGCCAGCAGUGGAAGGCAGCGCAAAGGACUUCGGUGUACAAGUACUGCCGAUAGCAGUAGCGGCUGUAACAGCAGCAGAAGAACGCACGGAAAACGGUGCAAACGGUGAAAGUGGAAACGUGCGCGUCGCGUGUGGUGAUAUAACAACGGUAUAAAGUUUUUCCUCCACACAUUUUGUUGCGUGUGGCCUGUUUGUUGUAGUUGUUAACUUGUGAUUUUUUUUAGAACCGCUAUGCGGUGCGAUAAAGCACAUUUGCCGUUAUUUGAAUAAGCACAUUAAAUAAAUGAAAGAAUUAUGUUCAACGCUCGAUCGUUAUAUGUAAAACUCUCACGUUGAGAAUAAAAGCGUAAAAAAUUAAGGAGAUAACUGUACAAUUCUAAAUACUCAACAGUUUUGACAACAUUUUUCACACGAAGCGCAUAUCUGCGAUCAUCUGCAGGAGUUAAGCUUGGCGUACUUUCUACACUGAGCAAUAAAUUUUGGACACAAUAAAAUCUAUUGUAAUUGCAACGCGAUUGAUUGGUGGACAAUAAUUAAAUGAGGCAACAUGGGAAAUGGUAUGAACAAGGUGUUGCCCGGACUCUAUGUUGGCAAUUAUCGCGACUCGAAGGAUCAGCAGCAGUUGGACAAACAUCAAAUUACACACAUAAUAGCCAUACACGAUAGUCCAAGGCGUUUGCUGCCGGACAAACACUAUUUGUGCGUGAUGGCCGCUGACACACCGGAUCAGAAUCUGUCGCAGUAUUUUUCAGUUUGCAAUGAUUUCAUACAUGCAGCGCGUCUCCGCGAAGGCAAUGUGCUGAUACAUUGCCUGGCCGGCAUGUCACGCUCCGUUACUGUGGCGGUGGCGUACAUAAUGACCGCCACCAAUUUGAGCUGGAAGGAAGCGUUAAAGGUCGUGCGCACUGGACGCGCCGUUGCCAAUCCGAAUAUCGGUUUCCAGACACAGCUGCAAGAAUUCGAAAUGUAUCGGUUAAUGGAGGAACGCAGACGUUUGCGUGAGCGUUUUCCCUCAACAGCGCUGGAACAAUUGGAUCGUUCGAAGUGUUCAGCAGCGUUGGACAACUAUCAGGAGCUCUUGCAGAAUCGUGAUAUUUGUGAGGGAAAUUGUUCACGUGGUGAAAAAUGUCCAACAGGUGUCUGCAAUAUGGAUCCUUCGAAGGGUCUCUUCCGUCGUCGUCCCUCUACCGCGUCGACGCGUUCACGACUUCGCGGUCAACCAUCCACUUCGAGUGCUUCAGCAUUGCCUUCGAUUUCCGCAGCUGGCCUCACAAACGUAAUCGCCACCAAUGUGGCGCAAUCAUGUCCGACUUCACCAAGUCAUUCGUCGGCCACACGUCGUUCGCUAGGCCCACAAAAAAUACCCGAAGAUGAGGAGGCGCUAAACCCACCCACACAAACGACAACUACAACAACAAUAGCGCAAAUAAACAACACAACCACGACGACCACCAACAACAGUAACACGACCACCACGUCAAACACGAAUACUACUACCACACCCACCACCGCCGCGUUGUCGCCGCUCAUAGCGACAGCAAGCAGUUCAAAAGAGGCGGCUGAAUACGCGGCCGCCAUCAACGAUGCGAAACGUGAACGUGAGGCAUUACAUAAGUCGCCUCCUGCUGCACGCAUGCGCAAUCCGCGUGUAAACAGCGCUGGCAGUCGUCUGACUAGCGGCUCAGCAAAGGCGCGUGCCGCCGCAUCUGCUACAGUGGCAGCCCAGCAGCAGCAGGAUGAAAUGGUUAAGUGCUCCACAGCUAAAAAUGGUGGAGUUGGCGUGAGUGGUAGCAAUGGACAAACGCAACUGCAACGCAGCGCCAGCACUGUGAGCGGUCUAUCGGUGCGGCCGUACAGCAGUCCGGCGGGUUUACAUGCGUACACAGGCAAAGUGCCUGGUUCGGUGCCAUCGUCCGUCCAUGGCUCGCGCGUAGAUCUGCGCGACCCGGAUAAGGGUUCGGCAAUUUAUUUGGGUUGCUCGGCGCCACGCAAUUCGACACUCUCGCUGUCUUCGCGCACCUCUUCGGGCAGUUCGGCGCCACCGUCGCCGGUGCGUACCCCGCCAGUGAGUCCGAGGCACGGCAUGAGAAGGGCUGCUACUGUGGUAAAAAAGCAACAGCAAAGGUGAAACAACUGCAAAGCCUGAUAAUGGCCCGUCGCAAUGAUCAUAGCUGAAGCAAUCAAAAUGCUCUACCUUUCGAUAGCAGAAAUGAAACGAUCAAAAGCGAGUUCUCAAGAGCUACUUUUGUUAAUUUGUUGCGUACUAAUUGCGGCUUUAAAACCGCAAAACAAGCUAACUCUCUUUGUAUAGGUUCCAAUAAAUUUGGUAAACAGUUUAAGAUCAUUGUUUCUAAAUUGUCAAAUUGUCAAAUAUUCAAAACACACGAAAUUGACAAUUGCUAGGGUAACCAAGAGAAUUUCCCCGCGCUUAGCUUACAUAUAGCAUAGAAUUUUCAAAAACUCAAAGCAAUUACUUACAUAGUACUAUUGACAUAAGAAUUUAGUAAAAUUAGUUUUUUUUACAAUACUAAACUACAAAUUAAAUUAUUGUUGCUUAGAUGUACAUACGUAUAUGCUACACACAGUCGUAUGGUAUAUAUUAAAAUAAAAGCUUGCAAAACUGUGAAAUUUAUAAAAACAAAAAAAGUAUGGUAUAAUGCAUUUCAUUUAGUGUACCGGUAAAGAAAAAUUAAAAUAUGCUUAAAUACAAACCGAUUAAAGACGAAAUUUAAAUAUUUUAUGUGAUAAAAAAAUUCAAGCUUAGAAAAAAAAUUAAAGAGGGCAAAUAAAAACUAAAAAUAAUGUAAAAAAAUUAUAUAAAAUAAAGAAAAAACCAUAAAAUUAAAAAAAAAAAAAAAUUAAGUAUAUGUAAUUUAAUUGGAAAAAUUAAUAAACUUGAGAAAUAAAUCAUAUAAAAAAUGUAUUUAUAAUAAUAUUAAUUUUAAUGUGAAAUUUGAUCAAAUAACUAUUUUUAUAUUACUAUAUAAAAAAAUGGAUUAGGUAACACAAUCAAUCAAAUGAAAUAUAAAAGUGAAAUACAAAAUAUACUAUAUUACAACAACAACACAAUAUAAUUAAAUAAACUUUAUAAAAACUCGAUUUUAUCAAAAUAAACUGUAGUUAAACUGUAAUUGAAUAUAAAAUAAUAUAAAAUAAAAUUGUCAAAUAAAAUGUUUAAAAAAAUUAAAUUUACUAAGAAGUUACCAAAUUAUGUGAUAAAUAAUAUACAAAAUAAGAAUUAUACUCCGACAUUAAUUCAAGUGGUACAAAAAACAAAUAAAGUUACGAAGAAAAAAUAAAAUGCGAAAUAACUAAAAUAAAUGAACAAGAAUAUAAAAUAAUUAAGAAAUUACAACAUAUUAUCCUAAAGUAAAA